CCCAUGUUUGAUGUUCCGUUUUGCCUCUGACCUGGUCUAAAGUUUAACCUAAUUAUUAACUAUCAGAUGACGCUUACUUUGUCUAAAUGGAAUCAUCAUGUUGUUCUCCUGUUUUAAUUUUUAUUCAUAUUAUAAUUUUCUUGUAACGCUUGAUGGGUUUUUUUAAUGAAAAAAAAAGAGGAACCUAAUUAGCAAUUUUUGAGUUAACUUGUUGCAGGUUUUGCAACUUACGAAUAGUUUAUCCUUUCUUCGUAAACGCAUGAUGCACCCUUGAGUAAAGACUUAUUCUAUAGAGUAUAGAUUAGCUUCAUUCUCUCCCUUUGUUAUGGCCGCCUGAAGAAACCGUCCUGUCCUCUUCAUCCCACCAUCUUUCUCUUUUGUCUGUGUGAAAUACAGAGAGAGAGAUACACAUCUUCAGACUCACACAUGUAUCUUCUAUAAGCAAGCCGAAUUUACAGUUAUUGCACGAAGGGCAACUUCGCAAUUUCUACUAAAUUAGAGGAAGGUUUAUUACUCUGAAGCGGCAACAAUAAUAUACGAGUUUUCACUCUACCUUUAGUUCUCCCUUUCCAGGUUUUGGCGCUAUCUUGUUAAUAAUUUACAGAAAAGAAGAAUGGUAGUUCUUAAUUUGUGAAAUUUAUGUUAAAAGAGGAGUAAUGGUGAUAGUUCGAGUGAAGUUUUGUGAGUCCAGAAUUCUGGAGCAAAAUUUAUACUUCAUUCUUGUCCAUUUGACAAGGGGGAUUGAUUACAUCGAUGGAAAAGAAUGAAGAGUCAGAUAGCCCAGGUUGGGGCGCUUCAUUCUUCAUGCAGACUACUGAAGAUGUUACCAGAGCUUUUAUGGCUGCAGCAGCAGCAGCUAGUGCUGCUCCUUCUUCAAGACCAUCAGUUUUAUACUCAUCAAAAGAUGACAGUGGUGGCCAUCUCCAAAAGCUUCAGAAUCAAGUCUUCAAAGUACUGAAAGGUUUAUCUCAUCCUACUGAAGAGAAAAGAAGCUACAACCCAGAAGUAUUAACUACCCAAAAGCGUCAAUGGGCAAGCUUCCAAUUACAGGCCCUGCAUCGCAGGAUACUGAAAGAACCAUCAAGGCUGUUUGAGAGCUUUGUAGUGGUUGGACUUCACCCUGACUGUGAUAUUCAGUCACUUGAGAGGCAGUACUUUGGCAGAAAGUCUGAAGUCAACGGUCAACAUCAACCAGUUUCCACUGUAGAAAAUCUUGACCCUCAGGUUCUGUUUGUAUACCCUCCGGAUAAACAGCUGCCAUUAAAAUACAGGGACCUCCUUUCAUUCUGCUUUCCUGGUGGAGUGGAGGUUAAUGCUGUUGAAAGAACUCCUUCUAUGAGUGAACUGAAUGAAAUACUUCUUGGACAGGAACACCUUAAACAAAGUGACCUCUCCUUUGUAUUCAGGUUGCAGGGAGCAGAUGAUUCGAUUCUUUAUGGUUGCUGUUUAGUAGCUGAUGAAUUGGUUCAAAAACCUUCUACAUUAAUUUCAAGUUUGUCAGAUGGACGAUUUCGCCCUUCUUCCAGCCGACGCAUCUUAACAACUCGCCGCUGUUACUGCAUUCUUUCAAGGCUUCCGUUUUUUGAUCUUCAUUUUGGCGUGUUGAAUAGCAUUUCCACUGAAGAAAGGUUGGAGAGGUUGAGAGAAAGUAUCAGUGGCUUAGAUCUUGAGUCUUGUGAUGUGCAUGAGCAUGACAAUAAAGUAUAUUCAGAAGAAGACGAAACAAGUGGGAUUUCAGCUGAACAUGGAGAUAAGUUAUUGCUGAAUGGAAACAGAGAGACUCUACAUAAUUCUAUCACUGAAACCCUAGUUACAGAUGAUGAUAAGGCUGUAGCAGUUUCUGAGCAAUAUGAUAGCUCAGACUCUUCCUCAAGUUUACAAGGGUCACCUAGCGAAGAUAGAAACUUCAGGAGUGAGCUUGAUUCAGCAGAAAUGGAGGAAACAUCUUUCUCUAGCCAAGAAGAUAGCGAACAUGAUGAGAUUCUUGAUUGGGCCAAGGAAAAUAAUCAUGGAUCCUUACAAAUAAUAUGUGAAUAUUACCGAUUACACCUCCCUACAAGAGGCUCAACAGUUACAUUCCAUCCUCUGGAUCAUCUUCAUCCUUUGGAAUUUUAUAGACCAGAUGAAACAAUCUUACACAUUGCAGGCUCAACUAUUGAUUUGAUGUCAUGCACCACAAGUUUUGAAUUAGCAGAGGCUCACAGUGCACUUGCAGUGGAAGAAGAAGCAACUGCUUUAUCAGUUUGGGCAAUUGCAUGCUUGUGUGGCUCCUUGCGUCUUGAACAUGUGUUGACAAUAUUUGCGGGUGCAUUGCUAGAAAAGCAAAUUGUGUUUGUAUGCUCAAAUUUGGGAAUAUUAUCUGCUUUAGUUUUGUCAAUUAUACCCCUCAUUCGUCCCUACCACUGGCAAAGUUUUUUAAUGCCGGUCUUGCCAAAUGACAUGGUGGACUUCUUGGAUGCACCUGUUCCAUUUGUUGUUGGUGUGAAGCACAAAACUGCUGAAGUACAAUCCAAGUUAGCAAAUGUUGUUUUUGUUGAUGCAAACAAGAAUCAGGUUAAAUCAGUUUCAGUACCAAAUUUACCUAGACACAAGGAGUUAUUUGCAGCCUUAAGUCCAUACCAUGCUCAGCUUGUGGGUGAAAAUUAUUUAGGGAAAAGAAGACCUGUUCAUGAUUGCACUAAUGUGCAGGUGGAAGCCGCAAAGGGAUUCCUAACAGUAUUACGCUCUCACUUAGAUUCUCUUUGCUCUAACUUACGUUCUCACACAAUUACAAAUGUUCAAUCCAAUGAUGAUAAGGUAUCUUUGCUUUUAAAAGAAAGUUUCAUCGACUCGUUUCCUAGUCGUGAUCGACCUUUUAUGAAGCUUUUUGUGGAGACGCAACUUUUCUCUGUACAUACGGAUCUGGUGUUAUCUUUUUUCCAGAAGGAUUAGUACAAGCAGCACAUAAUAAAAUAAAAUUAUACAAAAAAAAAAAAAAAUCUCUAACUUAUGUAAUGAUAUAUUUAUUACAUACAUUUCAUUUCAUUUCAUUUCCCCCUUGAUCUUUCAUGUCAGUUAUGCAGAAA